CAUGACAGCUCAGCGCACUUUACAACAGAACAGCCAGCUGAUAUCAACCACUUAGCCAUACUGGUUACCACUUUCGCCUUGGUUCUCUCGUUCCUAGCCGUCAUAUUUCCAUAUCAUGUCUUCUGGAAAGGGACUUAUUAAGUAAUAUUAGGCAAUGCCAGCAUGGAGGGUGUAGUUAAGCGCUUUACAGCUAUUUUGUCGGUGUAGUUACCAGGCUAGCUAGCUAAGUCAAGUUGAUAGCAAUACAUAUCAUCAAUGCUAGCUAGCUAAGUGGUAGCCGAUAUUUCCAAAGCUGGCAUCGAACAAACUUCACCGUUAGCAAUGGGGAUACUAUUUACGAAGCUAUGGCGGCUUUUCAAUCACCAAGAGCACAAAGUCAUUAUUGUUGGCCUGGACAAUGCGGGCAAGACUACCAUUCUUUACCAGUUCUCAAUGAAUGAGGUGGUGCACACUUCUCCCACAAUUGGAAGCAACGUGGAGGAAAUUGUGGUCAACAACACCCAUUUUCUGAUGUGGGACAUCGGAGGCCAGGAAUCUCUGAGGUCGUCCUGGAAUACGUACUACACCAACACAGAGUUUGUCAUCGUUGUGGUUGACAGCACAGAAGAGAGGAUCUCUGUGACCAAAGAAGAGCUCUACAGGAUGCUAGCACAUGAAGAUCUACGAAAAGCAGGUGUGUUGAUAUUUGCAAACAAGCAAGAUGUGAAAGGCUGCAUGACUGUGGCUGAAAUCUCCCAGAGCCUCCAGCUUACCUCCGUCAAAGACCACCAGUGGCACAUCCAGGCCUGUUGCGCCCUCACAGGGGAGGGGUUGUGUCAAGGUCUUGAGUGGAUGAUGUCGCGGCUCCGUGUGAGAUGAUGACGACCCGCGUGAAUUUGUUUACAAGUGUGCCCGUUCUAUUUUUUUAUUUUUAUUUUUUCUUGCCUCCAGACUAAAGGAUGCGACGAGGUCGGUCGUUGGGACGGCCUUCUCCUCGACAUCAUUUCCUUUGAAGCUGACAUGGACAGACAGUUGACGGGAUCUUGUAUUUUCCCUGUAAUAAUUUAUUUGACUAAAGACAUUUAACUCAGAUCAAGGAAAGAAACUUUUUUUUUUUUCCAGAGGGACACAGAGAGACAGAAUAUUUAAGGUGAAAUUCCUGCACGGUUUUCCUUCUCAGAAACAGACAAACAAAAAAGUCAACAAAAUGUCUGACUUGGAGCUGAAUGUGGACUUCUUCUUCAGCUGUGUGUGAGUCUAGCCCACGGUGGCCUUGCAGUAUUUCCAAACUGGCUGUGGUGGUUUUCAUUGCCCCCGUGUGUUACAGUCCAGUAUUCUCCUUUAACUUGGUGCCUGCAGCAGAAUGUUCAAGUGAUGAUGGUCAACGGUGACUGAAACAUGCUUGAUUGAGGGUAAAACGUCACAAUAUGCCCUCUUACCUUCAGUCCCUAUGAAAAUUCACUAAAAUAAAGUGUUUUUAUCUGUC